GCCGAGGUAGACCGGGUCCGCCUUCUUGCGCGAUGCGGGGUUUGUCUGUGGGGUGGUGACGAGAUUGGCACUGAGGAUCCAUACCCUUUGCCCCAAAGAAGGGUGACGUGGGCUAGUGUCGCGCCUUUGGACAGCCAUUAUGAUAAAAGAAUGGAAGAAGAUACAGAUUAUAGAAUCAGAUUUAGUUCUUUGUGUUUCUUUAAUGAUCAUGUUGGAUUUCAUGGCACUAUAAAAAGCUCACCAAGUGACUUUAUUGUUACUGAAAUUGAUGAACAGGGACAGUUAGUUAAUAAGACCAUUGAUGAGCCUAUUUUCAAGAUUAAUGAAAUACAACCUGAACCAAAUAAUUUUCCCAAAAAACCAAAACUAGAUCUUCAAAAUCUGUCCUUUGAAGAUGGAAGAAAGCAAGAAGUUAAUACUUUGGUUAAGUACACUGAUGGUGACCAAAAUCAUCAGUCUGGUUCAGAAAAGGAAGAUACUAUUAGUGAUGGAACUUCCGAAUGUGAAGAAAAAGCUGAUGUUUUAAGCUCCUUUUUAGAUGAAAAAACUCAUGAUUUACUGAAUCAUUUUGCUUGUGGUAUAAAAGAGAAGUGGCUUUCUAAAACAGAGCUAAUUGGACCACCUCCUGAAUUCUCAAUAGGCAGAAUCCUUGACAAAAACCAGAGGGCUAGUUUACAUAGUGGCAUUAGGCAGAAAUUUCCGUUUUUAAUAACUGUAGGAAAAAACAGUGAAAUUAUUGUAAAACCAAAUCUUGAGUAUAAAGAACUUUGUCAUUUGGUGUCAGAAGAGGAAGCUUUUGACUUUUUUAAAUAUUUGGAUGCAAAGAAAGAAAAUUCCAAAUUUACCUUUAAACCUGAUGCAAACAAAGGCCACAGAAAAGCUGUCCACCAUUUUGUCAACAAAAAGUUUGGAAACCUUGUGGAAACCAAAUCUUUUUCUGAAAUGAAUUGCAGUGCUGGUAAUUCAAAUGUGGUGGUCACAGUAAGAUUUCGGGAAAAAGCACACAAGCGUGGGAAAAGGCCGCUUACUGAAUGCCAAGGAGGAAAAGUUAUAUAUACAGCCUUUACCCUACGAAAGGAAAACCUGGAAAUGUUUGAAGCAAUUGGUUUUUUAGCUAUCAAACUUGGUGUGAUUCCUUCGGAUUUUAGUUAUGCAGGCCUUAAAGACAAGAAAGCCAUCACCUAUCAAACAAUGGUUGUUAGAAAAGUGACUCCAGAGAGGUUGAAAAAUAUUGAAAAAGAAAUUGAAAAGAAAAGAAUGAAUGUCUUUAAUAUUCGGUCUGUAGAUGAUUCCCUAAGACUUGGUCAGCUCAAAGGAAAUCACUUCGAUAUUGUCAUUAGAAAUUUAAAAAAACAAAUAGAUGAUUCUGCAAACCUGAGAGAGAGAAUUUCAGAGGCAAUAGAAAAUGUUAAGAAAAAAGGCUUUGUGAAUUACUAUGGACCACAGAGAUUUGGGAAGGGAAGGAAAGUUCACACAGACCGAAUUGGACUAGCUUUGCUGAAGAAUGAAAUGGCAAAAGCCAUAAAAUUGUUUCUUACACCAGAAGACUUGGAUGAUCCUGUAAAUAGAGCAAAGAAGUAUUAUCUUCAAACUGAGGAUGCUAAAGGCACACUUUCAUUGAUGCCUGAAUUCAAAGUGCGGGAGAGAGCACUGUUGGAGGCAUUGCAUCGCUUUGGCAUGACAGAGGAAGGUUGUAUCCAGGCAUGGUUCUCUUUACCCCAUUCCAUGCGCAUAUUCUAUGUUCACGCAUAUACUAGCAAAAUUUGGAAUGAAGCCGUAUCUUACAGACUUGCAACCUAUGGAGCAAGAGUAGUGGAGGGUGAUUUGGUCUGUUUCGAUGAAGAUGUUGAUGACGAGAAUUUCCCAAAUAGUAAAGUUCACCUGGUAACUGAAGAGGAGGGAUCAGCUAAUACGUAUGCAAUACAUCAGGUGGUUCUUCCAAUACUUGGAUACAAUAUUCAGUACCCAAAGAACAAAGUAGGGCAGUGGUAUCAUGAUAUACUUAGCAGUGAUGGACUACAGACAUGUAGAUUUAAAGUACCUGCUCUGAAACUGAAUGUACCAGGAUGCUAUAGACAGAUUUUGAAACAUCCCCGUAAUCUCUCAUACCAAGUAAUUGAAGAUCAUGACAUUGAUGUCAAAAUGAAAGAUCCCCACCUUGAUGAAGCAGCUUUGUCUCUUUUGAUCUCUUUUGAUCUUGAUUCUUCAUGCUAUGCUACCGUUUGUCUGAAGGAAAUAAUGAAGCAUGAUGUUUAAAACUGAUACCCUUGGUAUAACCGCAUAUAUGUCACUCUUUGAAGGAAAGGGAGCUAAAAUGUCUUAAGCACCUCCCAUGUGUUAGGAAUUUCAUAAUUGUUAUCUCUUUUACUUGUCGCAGCAUUCUGAGAAGUUAGGAUUUAAUACGAUAAUUUUACAGAGGACAUGUAAGUGUCAGUGUUUAAAUUUAAGGUCCAUGUGAUUCCAAAGGCUGUGUGUGUGUGUUUUUUUUCUAUUAUAUGUUUCAGUGACCUUUAUUCUGUGUCAUAAAGUCACAAUCUUUUAAAACCAUUAGAAUUAUACAUAAAACUGCAAGAUAACAUUUAAGAAAAAAGUUGUAAAUAUUCAUAUCCUCCCGCUCCUUGCUCAGACCGUUGGUGAAAUUAGGUCGCAGUGAAGCAAAUGUUGGAGAGAAAAGACAGAUGAAACAUUUUGCUGAUUAUUAUUGUCAUACUUUCCUAUUUUUGCAAUUAUCGAUCAGAACAAUAUACAAGGGAAAUACCAUCCCUCUGUUUGUGUUAGAUACCCCCGAGUAGUUAUUACCUCUUUGUGACACAAAUAAUCUUUGAUGAAAAUUGAAGUAAAAUUUCUCAUCCAAUAUUUAUAUCUUGACAUACACUGAUCCUCUUGAUCAUUUGUAAUUUUUUUUCAUAUUAUCUAAAACAUAUGUUAGAGUCAGACAGAUCCAUGCUUAGAUUCUAGCUCUGACACUUACUGGUGACUUUGAGUAUGUUGUUGAUUUUCAUGUGUGGGGGUUACUUACAGAAUCAAGACAAUACCAACUUCAUAAGUGACAGAUAAUCCUAUUUUAUGUGACAGAAAAUCCACAUUUUAUGUUGCUGGAGGAA